UUACAUUAGCUUUUAGAUCUCUCUUGAAGGGAGCUGCUAUGUUUUUGCCUGCUAGAGGUGGAAAUAACAGUUAAGGAACUCAAAGGGGUUGGGUGGAUUUUCAGCAGCGUCUCUCUCUUCCCCCCUUCCCUGAAUGAAUUCAGGGAAAGGCCUUUAAAUGUUUGGUAUAUGUUUCAGAUUUGCUGGACAUUAAGGAGAGAACUUAGGAUGUUAAUGGUCUCAGCUGAUUAUUGGGGGGGAAAUCAGAUGUUACACCACCAAGCUGCAGCUCAGACCAGGAAAGAAUGAAAGGUGGGAGAAGAGUCUUAAGCAGUUAAUUAAUUGAGUUGAAAACAUUGCAGGAGAAGACCGCUCUGAGAAUGCCUGUGUGACUGAAGAUGGUCUGUCGCUUAAUAGAACCACAUCCCCAAAAACUGGUUCUUUACGGUUCUUUACAGGAAUGCCUGCAUCAACUAACCAAGUUCUGGUCCUCUGCUCCAUCAAUGCAGAAAAAACAGUAACAACAGUGGAAAAUUGGAAGUCCGAAUUUCAGCUUUCUUAGAAAGAACUGCGCCCUGACACAUCCUGUAAUAUUUAAAUAAGCGGAGAAAUAAAACCAGCAAGAUGUUGUGCUCAGAAAUGACAACGUUGACAUGAAGAAUAGGUAAUUUACAGUUCACCUUUUUAUUUUUUUGCCCCCUACCCCCCAGCCACCAGGAAAGCAGACCUCAUAUGAAAAAGUAGAAGGUGGAAGAAAGGGAUUACUUUUUGUUUUUAUUUAUUUUGCAUAUUGAGAUAUAUAUAUAAAUAUGGACCAAACUAUGCUCAAAGCUCUGGUGAGCUUACUCUGGAAUUGUUGGAUUCUAAUGGGUUCUGUGAAGGGAGGCAUAGGAGACAAUCACGUCCACUCCAGUUUCAUUUACAGGAGAUUGCGGAACCAUGAAAGAAGAGAGAUCCAGAGAGAAAUUCUCUCCAUCCUGGGCUUGCCUCACAGACCCAGGCCAUUUUCACCUGGAAAGCAAGCUUCCUCAGCACCCCUCUUCAUGCUCGACCUCUACAAUGCCAUGACAAAUGAAGAAGAUACUGAAGAACUGGAGUAUUCGCUCAGGGGAUCACUAGGCGGAGAGAGCAAAGGGCUGAGGAAGGGGUACCCGGCAUCUCCCAAUGGAUACUCUCGGAGAAUACACAUCUCUCGCGCAACUCCACUGACUACACGGAGCCCUCCCUUAGCUAGCCUGCAUGAUACCAACUUUUUGAAUGAUGCAGAUAUGGUCAUGAGCUUUGUCAAUUUAGUUGAAAGGGACAAGGACUUUUCCCACCAACGAAGGCAUUACAAAGAAUUUCGAUUUGACUUGACUCAGAUCCCUCACGGAGAGGCAGUGACGGCAGCUGAAUUCCGGAUUUACAAGGAUCGAAGUUACAGUCGAUAUGAAAAUGAGACCAUUAAGAUUAGCAUUUAUCAGAUAAUCAAGGAGUAUCCAAACAGGGAUGCAGACCUGUUUCUGUUAGAUACAAGACGGGCUCAAGCAUUUGACGUGGGCUGGCUUGUGUUUGACAUCACCGUGACCAGCAAUCACUGGGUGAUUAAUCCGCAGAAUAAUUUAGGAUUGCAGCUCUGUGCAGAAAUGAUGGAUGGUAGGAGUAUCAACGUGAAAUCUGCUGGCCUUAUAGGACGACAUGGUCCUCAGUCAAAACAGCCAUUCAUGGUUGCUUUCUUCAAAGCAAGCGAAGUCCUUUUUCGAUCUGUCCGAGCUGCCAACAACAAAAAGAAAAACCAGAACCGUAACAAAUCCAGCUCUCCACAAGAUUCCUCAAGAAUACAGAGUGUUGGGGAUUAUAACACAAGUGAGCAGAAACAAGCCUGUAAAAAACAUGAACUGUACGUGAGCUUCAGAGACCUAGGCUGGCAGGAUUGGAUUAUAGCUCCAGAGGGUUACGCUGCCUUUUAUUGUGAUGGAGAAUGCUCCUUUCCUCUCAAUGCACACAUGAAUGCAACAAAUCAUGCCAUAGUGCAGACUCUGGUCCAUUUGAUGUUCCCUGAUCAUGUCCCUAAGCCUUGCUGUGCCCCAACGAAACUGAAUGCAAUCUCUGUGCUCUAUUUUGAUGACAGUUCAAAUGUUAUUUUGAAAAAGUACAGAAACAUGGUGGUGCGAUCAUGUGGUUGCCACUAGAAUCGGUUUAUAAAAAAGAUUCUCCUCAAUAUCUUUUUUCCUUAAUUAUAUUAAAGGUGAUAGAAUGCCUUUUUUAAGGAAAUGAGGACCUUAAACAACUUACUCCAGUUUAUUUCAUUUUUCAUUCAUGUACAGUAUUAUGUACAUAGUAGCUUUAAUUUAUUUAAAGGUAUAUAGUUUCUUUUGUAUGAAUGAUAUUGCAAACGCUUUAUUAUAUUAGUAUGUACUAGGAUAUUGAAGGCAGAUUUUCAGCUAAUCAUGCUGAGAUUUAUUUCAUUUUUUAAAAAUAAAAUAAAAAUAAAGCCUUUGUAUAGUUCUCUCUCUCACUCUCUCUUUAACUCAGAAACCCCAGAACUCCUGUGACUGUUUUAUAUUGUUAAAGGAAAUUGAAUACAUUUGGCUGCAUUGUGCCAAUGAAAACUCUGGCGGGCUAUUUAUUUAGAAAAGGCACUGAGGAAAGGCUGAAAAAGA